AUGACUCCUGCAAUGCAAGCCAUCUUCGAACUUCUUGUUGAAUAUGAAGGAAGAAUAAAUACGCAUGGGUUGUCCAUCCAGCAGCUAAUGGCUCGCCUGAAGGAACUUCUGUCGUCGGAAGAGCGUUAUCUUGGCGAUUUGUUGUUAGCAAAAAAAUUAUAUCACGACACCCUCAUCAAGUUACCGUAUCGUCAGCAAGUUGAAAUCAUAUUCCGUCAUUGGAAUCAGCUGAUCGAAGUCUCGAGGAUAGUCUAUUUACGGUUGAAGAAAAGCAAUUCCCCUGGACAGGUGUUCAUUUCCGUAAUCGAUUCGUUGUCAGUGUUCGUGGCAUUCUGCAGUCACCAACAAGUCGCAUUAGACACAUUGAACGACUUGAUGACCACUCAUCCGGACGCUCGAGCUCUCUACGCCAACUGUUCGGCAAGUAUAGCUGCACGCGGCAUGACAUUAAACACAUUUCUGUUGAUGCCACUUGGACGAGUAACUAGAUAUCCAUUGUUAAUCGAAAAAAUUCUCAAGGAAUGUGACCCUGAUGGCAGUUUGUAUCAGGAUCUAGACGCAGCACUGCAAUUGCUUCGAGCUCUCGUCUCUGAGGUGAACCGAGCUGUCACUGAAAAAGAGAACACCAUCUUAUUAUGCUGGGCGAAUUCGCACGUGAAGUGUCCACCGUCACUGCGAAUCGAUUUUACUUCGAAUACUAGACUGAUGCCAAGCAGUUUCAAGAUUUCCAAAUCCACUGACGUUCAUCUAACCCUCUACAAGCAGCCGAUGCUUCUUUCCAAUCUGGCAGUGUUGCCUUCGAGUGACGAAACCGUCCUCAACGUCAAGCAUGUCAUAGAUCUUGUGGUUACUACAGGCAGUGACACUGUGUGCUUUCGAUGUGUGAGUGGCAAUGCAUGCCGUCUUUGGACGAAUCAGUUGGACCAAGCAAUAAACCUCUGCACCAUCAUGAUGUCGGAGCAACAACAGUCUCAGGUUGUGGACGCUUCGCUUGGAAAAUGA